AAUUACCGUAUUUUUUCGCUCCAUAAGACGCACCUGACCAUAAGACGGACCUAGGUUUUAGAGGCAGAGAACAGGAAAAAAAAAUUCUGAACUAAUGGACUGCAGACAUAGUACAGGAAAUGACCAGAGACUGCGGACACAGUACAGGAGAUGACCAGAGACUGCGGACAGUACAGGGGAUGACCAGAGACUGUGGACACAGUACAGGAGAUGACCAGAGACUGCGGACACAGUACAGGAGAUGACCAGAGACUGCGGACAUAGUAGAG